AUGACAGAAGUCUUGCAACCCGGCACUGAGGUGUUUUCGGAGAAAAAAAAGAAGAAAAACAAGGAGCAUGUGACACUGGGUGCUUUCCAGAAAAUUGGCGAUUUUAAAAUCGAACCAUCAGAAGCUCCCACAAAGCUAGAUACAGCGUAUUGGCCAUUGCUGCUGAAAAACUUUGAUCGACUCAAUAUACGCACUAACCAUUACACACCGUUGCCGUUUGGUAACUCUCCGUUAAAACGUCCUAUUUCGGACUACGUAAAAUCUGGAUUCAUUAAUGUUGAUAAACCGAGCAACCCCAGCUCUCACGAAGUCGUCUCCUGGAUCAAACGUAUUCUCAAAGUGGAAAAGACGGGCCACAGCGGCACACUCGAUCCUAAGGUAACUGGUUGCUUAAUAGUGUGCAUAGAUAGAGCAACGAGAUUAGUGAAAUCCCAACAGAACGCCGGUAAGGAGUAUGUAGCCGUUUUCAAUUUGCAUUCUGCAGUGGAAAAUGUUCAAAAAGUGACGCAGGGACUUGAAAAGCUUCGUGGCGCACUUUUCCAACGACCACCACUCAUAUCGGCUGUGAAGCGACAACUACGCGUGCGUUCCGUCUACGACAGCAAGUUAUUAGACUUUGAUCAAGAGAGGAACAUUGGUGUGUUUUGGGUGAGUUGUGAAGCUGGCUCUUACAUUCGUACAAUGUGUGUGCAUUUGGGCCUAAUGCUGGGAGUUGGUGGACAGAUGAUUGAGCUCCGUCGUGUCCGUUCUGGUAUACAGGGUGAGAAAGAAGGCUUGGUGACUAUGCACGACAUUUUAGAUGCUCAGUGGGCUUUUGAAAAUCACAAAGAUGAAUCAUACUUACGACGAGUUAUCAAACCUCUGGAAGGUUUGCUUAUUGCUCAUAAAAGAAUAUUUAUCAAGGAUAGUGCUAUUAAUGCAGUGUGUUAUGGUGCAAAAGUACUCCUGCCUGGUGUCUUAAGGUAUGAGGAUGGAAUUGAAAUUGAUCAAGAAAUAGUUAUUGUAACAACUAAAGGUGAGGCAGUUGCUCUAGCUGUGGCCCUCAUGACUACCGCUACAAUGGCAUCUUGUGACCAUGGAGUGGUUGCUAAAUUAAAACGAGUUAUUAUGGAGAGAGACACGUAUCCCAGAAAAUGGGGCUUAGGGCCCAAGGCCUCACAAAAGAAGCAGCUUAUACAACAAGGAAAAUUAGACAAAUAUGGCAAGCCCAAUGAGAAUACACCAGCGGAAUGGCUGAACAGUUUUGUGGACUACAAAGUUAAACAAGAACCCGUUAAUGAUGAAAAUGGAGAAAUGGAGACAGAGAGCAAUAGAAAACGAACAGCCAGCACAGCAAAUGCAGAUGACCCGAAUAAUUCAACAGAAUUGAAAGCAGAAAAGAAAAAGAAAAAGAAGAAGCAUAACAAAGAUCAGGAUGCCGACACAACGGUAGAGGCAGCUGAUGUAACUGCAGAAGAUGCGGAUAAUUCAGUUCGUAAGGAGAAAAAGAAAAAGAAAAAGAAGGACAAGGAUAAUGAGAGGCAAGAAGAGUAA